UUUCUCGCCCCUUCUCUCUCUGUGCGUCUCCCUCUCCUUUGUUUGUGUCUCUCUCCCUCUUCGCGCAUACUCUCUCUCUCGGUGAGGUUUCUCUAGUCUCGAAUCCAGGAAAGGGGGCCGGACGGCGAGUCUUGGGCCCGGAUUCGGUAUCCCAGCGGGAGGUGUUUCCUGUUGGUUUCUGUCGGUUCUUGGCGGAAUCCUGGUAUUUUUCUUCGACUCUUGAGGGUUUGGUCUUUUUCUGGUCCUUCUCUGAGCGAUUGGAGCUAGGAUUGGGGUUGGCGAUCUGGUCUUUAAGAAUAAAGGUUGGAGCUUGGAGGAGUUUUCUAAUUCGUUUUUUCUGCUUUCUUGGGUUUGGAGAACGAGCUUUGCAUCAAUCUUUAGCUUCUUUCGGGGUUUAAACAUCAGGAGUUUGAUGGAGUUUAGUAGAGCUUGGAGAUGGAACGGAGUUCUUGCUAUUGCUACGAUAGGGAACAUUUAGGGCUUCUUUUUGUGCCAAAAAGGAGUCUUUUUGGGUUUUAUUCUUGUAGAUUUGGUUAAGCUAACUUUUUUCUUCUUUAUCGUUGAUUUUCUUCUAUUCUUCUAGCAGUGUUGGGUAGUGGUGAAGGUGGUGGUGGUUUUCUUGAGCGUCUGAGGAAAACAUGAAUAGAGGAUUUGGUGUGGCUUGGAGGGAUGGAGGGGUUGGAAUGGUAGUCUAGGUGUCAACUAUAGGGUUGUGGGAGUAGAAAGAAGGUGGAGUUAGAGGCUGGGCUUGGCUGCUCCUGACCAGGGGACUAGAAAGGUGAAAUAAAAAAGUGAUCUUUUUUAGAGUAUAUUGGGCGACUCUUGCGCACAGGGCAUCGACUGCAUCAAUGGAAGUACAGGAAAAAAGCGGAAGACCUAGUCUGGAUCCCAUCCACAUUCCUGAUAGGAGGAUGUGUGUGGAUGUCACUUCCGCUGUGAUUGGCCAUCAAUCAAAAGAAUUCAGCUCAUUAGUAGAUGAACAUGCAAUCAAGGUAAGGAAACCUUACACAAUAACAAAACAGCGAGAAAGGUGGACAGAAGAAGAACAUGAGAAGUUUCUUGAGGCUUUAAAACUGCACGGUCGUGCUUGGCGUCGAAUUGAGGAACACAUAGGCACCAAGACUGCGGUUCAGAUUCGAAGCCAUGCUCAGAAGUUUUUCUCAAAGGUGGUUCGUGAGCCAGGUACUGCGAAGGCUAUUGAUAUCCCUCCACCUCGACCAAAAAGAAAGCCACUGCACCCAUAUCCUCGUAAAUUGGGUAACUUACCAAGCAAGGGACUCCCUAUUCUGGAGCAGCCAGCAUGGUCUUCACCAUCAGUUCCAUCAGUUUUUGAAUCAGAAAACAGUUCACCAGUGUCAGUUUUAUCUGCAGCAGGAUCAGAUACUAUAGGAUCAACAAUCUCAAAUCCACCAGAUGGAUGCGAGUCACCUACGCCAUCAGUUGAAGAUGAGAAUAGACCAGCAUCAACUUGUUUUGUAACAGAAGAUAAAUCCCAGAUGGAAGUAGAUUUGAGUUCAAAAGAUGAAACCCCUUCCAAAGAAGGUUCACCAAUAGAAACACAAGCAACUUGCCUGAAGCUAUUUGGAACGACAGUUUUCGUGACUGAUGCUCAAAAACCAUGCUUUUCUAGUGUUGGAAACACGAUGCAUUCUCGCACGUCAUUGCCUAACAUUGACAACAUCAGCCACAAUGUAUGCAUGGAUAUGGAUUUGCAGACCCCCACUAAGCCAGUUCCGCAAACUCCAGCACAGGAUGAUUUCUGGGGUGGUGCAGGUAAAAGUGCAUGGAGUCCAUGGAAGGGUGGAAAUUCUCCCAUGUUUUAUUGUUUACCUUCUAAAGGGGAUCUUACGAAAUCAACAGAAGCUGCAAGUUCUCUGCCUUGGUGGUGGGCCUUUGAUGGAACUCUACCAAUAUUCCCAUUCAUUAUUGUUCCACAACAUACGAGCUCGACACAAAGUCAGCCACAAACCUGUACAGAAGCCUCAGAUGAUAAAGAUAGCCAGAAGGAAGGUUCUUGGACUGGCUCUAACACGGCCUAUGCUGGCAGAGCAGGUAUUGGCGAUGAAAACAGUGAUGUUGUCGACUCACAACAAAAUGCUGAGCAUCUGAAGGAACCAGCACCAGCAUCGAGACUAUUUGGAAGUCUGACAGUGAACACAGAUGGAUCUCCCAGUGGAUUUGUACCAUAUAAGAGAUGUUUAGCCGAAAAACAAGCAGAACAGCAUUCUCAGAUGGUCAAUGAAGAAAGAGGUGCCCAAGCUGUAGCUGUAGCAUUGUGUUUGUAGUCUUCUCAUAACCUUUAUCUCCAUUUUGCUUCUUUGCAGAGAUGGUUUUUUGUUUGGCGGUCAGGGAAGGGAUGUUGUUCAUUGCAGUUGAAGUAACUGCAGUGGGUGUCAGAUGUGAACGAUGAGGAUAUGGUAAGACGGACUCAGAAAUGGUUUUGUAGGCAUACCAUCUCUGCUUCUUGUUGUAUGUAAAACAGAUGACUUUCUGUUGAAAAUUUGUUCUUCAUAAUUUUCCUACCACAAGAGUUUCUUCUAUGUGGUAUUAACGUUCUGUUGUACAGCCUUGAUGUACCUUAUUAAAUGAUAUUGCCUGGUUUGAGCCUUGAUUUCAGAAA